UGAGGAGGGCAGAGCGCCAUUCUAUUGAAGAAGAAUCGAGGAGUUGAGAACCAGCUGAGCGCACCUCCUUUGCAGCAAGGAGAAUCAGUUUGCUAUUUAAACACGCAGAUAUUUCCUGUACAGAACUGACUGCACUGGAACACACAGAAAUAAAGAACUCACUGACUCUCCUGCUGUAAACAGUUGGUCACAAGCAUCCUUCCAUAUAUCCCUUCACAAUGGCAGAAGAAGCGGAUAUGCGUAAUGAGUUGGAAGAUAUGCAGCAACGUGCUGACCAGCUGGCUGAUGAGUCACUGGAGAGUACCCGUCGCAUGCUGCAGCUGGUUGAAGAGAGUAAAGAUGCUGGUAUCAGGACUUUGGUUAUGUUGGAUGAGCAAGGAGAACAACUCGAUCGGGUCGAAGAUGGCAUGAACCAUAUCAACCAAGACAUGAAGGAGGCUGAGAAAAAUUUAAAAGAUUUAGGGAAAUGCUGUGGCCUUUUCAUAUGUCCUUGUAACAAACUCAAGUCUAGUGAUGCUUACAAGAAGGCCUGGGGCAACAACCAGGAUGGUGUAGUAGCCAGCCAGCCUGCCCGCGUUGUAGACGAGCGUGAACAGAUGGCUAUCAGCGGUGGCUUCAUCCGCAGGGUAACAGAUGAUGCUCGGGAAAAUGAGAUGGACGAGAACCUGGAACAGGUCGGUGGCAUAAUUGGAAAUCUCCGCCACAUGGCCUUGGAUAUGGGUAACGAGAUUGAUACGCAGAACCGCCAGAUCGACAGGAUCAUGGAGAAGGCUGAUUCCAACAAAACCAGGAUCGAUGAAGCCAACCAACGUGCAACAAAGAUGCUUGGCAGUGGCUAAACUGCACAACAAAGAGCUUUUAUCGCCUGCACUGUUCACAGAACAGUGUAAACUUGCUUUUAUCAUGGUAUUUACCUACUAGGUUUGCACACAUGCACAUAUCAGCCCCCAUUGUAAAUGUUGUUACGUGUCGUUCGUCAGCUUUUUAUUGAUGCAUCUGUAGUGAUUUAUUUUCUGGGUAUCUUUCUUUCCAAAGGUUGUAUAUAGUGCUGAUUUGAUGGCUAUAGCUCAGUUGUGAAGUUUUUGUUUUCAUUUUUAUAUACUAUAUAUAUGAUAGAUAGCUAGAUCUAGCUUUUGCUGGAUGACAAUAAUGUAGGAAUGCGAUACAAACUGUUUUCCUUUUCAGUAUUCAGUCUUGUUCUAGUAAAACUGUGUCAUUCCACAAUGCUACUGCCGUGCUCCUAUUUAUUUUGAUGUUGUAAUGGUAAAAGAGCACUUAUGGCUGCUGUCCUCGGUUUUCCUUCAUCAGCCGUUAUGAGUUCAUGUUUAGACGAUGUGCAGCUAUGUAACUGUAAUAGACAUUGCACUAAAAUUGAUGUGAUUUGCUCAUUAUGCAUGAUGAUUAGUAGAUUUUAGAAUCUUCUAAUUAAAUGAAUUAAAAAAGAUCUUCACAUGGCAAAUUGACAAAAGCAUGCUCAGUAUUGGGACACACAAUAUUCCUGCAAGUCUGCAGAAGUGCCACAAUCUCUGUCAAUAGAUAGUUAAAACUGUGACCAUUGUUGUAAAAAAAAAUAAAUAAAAUAUAAGGCUGUAGCACAAACAACUGUUUUUUAAAUGAAUAUGCAGUUGGCUGGAGAUAUUGAAUAAAUGCUGAAAAGUGUGGGACUGGUUGUGUGUGUAAUAUAAGUCAUUGAAUUGGAAAAAGACAACACAAAAAGGUGCAUAUUUCUGAAAGAUGUAACUUUUCUAAGAAGACUGUAUCUCGUUAGUUGCUCUGACCAUGUGGUUUGUUACCAGUACAAUUCUUUGUUGCUUCUGUAUCUAGAGCUAUGCACACCAAAUCGCUAACAUAUUAGUAGUUAAAAAGAAAACAAAAUACCUUAACUGAAUGAAACAUAGUUAAAACUGAUAGAAAUGUCCUUUCAGCAUGUCAUAUUAAACCUGCUUCUGUCUCCUGUUAGUUUGUGAAGUGGUUGACAUUUUCCAGCCAGCAGAAAUGAUUAAAAUUGAUAAACUUG